AUGCCUAGCCCAGAUCAAUACACUGUGGGUUGGAUCUGUGCUAUUCAAACAGAAUAUACUGCCGCUGUCGUAUCUCUCGAUGAACUGCAUGAUCCCCCGACCUCUCUGCCACCCCGCAACCAAAAUGACUUCACCCUAGGCAAGAUUGGGAAUCACAAUGUUGUUAUCUCCGUGCUCCCGAUGGGAGAGUACGGUACCUCUUCAGCAGCACAAGUAGCCGAGGGCAUGGUGCAAGCUUUCCCGAACGUUCGCAUCGCUCUGAUGGUUGGUAUCGGCGGUGGUGCACCGAGCCCAAAGCACGAUAUCCGACUUGGAGAUAUAGUCGUCGGUAUACCUAAGAACGGUCGAGGUGGUAUUUUUCAAUACGACUUCGGGAAGGCAAUUCAGGACCAGGAGUUUAAGCCGACGGGCUUUCAUAAUAAGGCGCCCACUUUUCUGCGUAAUGCGGUGAGCGGGCUCGCCAUGAAGUAUGAACAUGAAGGCCAUCGGAUUGAAGAUCUUAUUCGCGAGCUUUUGGAGAAGAAACCCCGACUGCGAAAAAAGUAUUCACGUCCCAAUCCAGCGACUGAUCGACUAUAUAAGAGCGAUUCCAUGCACCCUUUCGGAAACGAAUCUUCCUGCGACCUUGUUUGCAGUUCUGAUAAAACCUCCCUGGUUUUACGGGCUCCGCGCACCGACGAGGAUGAUAAUCCAGCUAUCCAUUACGGUCUCAUCGCAUCAGCCAAUACGCUUAUGAAAGAUGCCAAGAUUCGAGACGAAAUCGCGAAGAAAAACGACGUCCUGUGCUUUGAAAUGGAGGCCGCUGGCUUGGUCAAUUCCUUCCCUUGCUUGGUGAUUCGUGGUAUCUGCGACUACUCCGAUUCGCAUAAGAAUAAGGAAUGGCAAGGGUAUGCAGCCAUGACAGCAGCGGCAUAUGCGAAGGAUCUGCUAUACCGAAUCAUCCCUCAGGGAGUUAUCCAGCAAGAGAAGAUCACGAAUAUCUUGAAGCAAGGCGAUCAUUAUAUCACCAACAAUACUUACAAAGAGGGUGAUACCAACAUAACGUUUUCGGGCAACAAUUCGGGGUUUCAGGUUGGGAUGAAUAAUGGCUCGAUUAACGAUGUGACAACUGGACGUUAG